CAAUUAUAUCAUUAUUACAAUCAUUCUCAAUUACUAAUAAUUAUCUCUCUUAUCUUAUCUUAUAAAUCUAGUGCAGUUUGUACGAUUUACACCUAAAUCUACUCAGUAUUCUUUGUGAUUCAUUGUAAAAUGUAACAAAAACACUGAAAUAACCAUGAAACAAGUACGAAUUUUGGUUAUCGGUGAUGAAGCCGUAGGGAAAACCUCCCUAAUUGAACGAUAUGUCAAAGAAACGUUUUUGAUGAACCAUUCACCCACAGUUAUCAAUGAAUAUGUUAAAUAUUCAAAGUAUCACGAAUUGCACAUUCGAGAUUGUUCAGCAUUACCAGAAUUUAAAUCACUGAGAUUUUUACAAUACGCUGAGGUUGAUAUAAUACUGUUUUGUUUUAAUUUGGCUACAAUUGGUACAUUAGACAGUUUGAAAAGCAAAUGGCUGCCGGAAGUCAAAGAACACUGCGGGAAUGCAAUACGCAUUCUAGUUGGCUGUAAAAAUGAUUUGGACUCAAUAAUCAACGAAAGCUUCAUCAUAAAAAUGCAAGAACAUCUAAAAAUCAGUAAAUACGUGAGAUGUUCAGCAAAAACCAAUGAAAACAUCGACGCUGUAAUUGCAACUGCUUUAAAUGCAGUUUAUUUAAACAAUAGACUCUCUGUCAGGAAAAGUAUCAAGAAGCAUUAAUAUCAAAAUAAAUUAUUAAUAAUAAAA